CUGGCGUCACAUCACUGCAGGUCGUCAAAGGUUUUAUAUAGCGCCACCUACUGACAAUUAUAAUGAAGGGUUUCAUCGCUGCCGUGGUCGUCCUUGGCGUUUUUUGCAUAUUGGAAGUGUCUGCAAACAAGAUGUGCUACUUUUGCGUAGAUUGUGCCGAAAUGAGCAAUGAAACAUCAACCUGCAACACCACUGGAUAUUGUUCGAAAGUUACCGUUACGCUCGGUGGUAACACAACCGUCGCCAGAGGAUGCGCCAGCAGCACUUGCACCAAGACGGAAUGCUCGACGACUGAUGAUUCUGAACUAUGCUGCUGUGACACCGAUAAAUGCAACGGCGCAGGCGCGUUGACCUCUGCCUUGGUCACUGUGAUGGCACCCCUUCUUGCAAGCGUCUAUUUCACACAGUCUUAACAAGACACCCUAAAUACUGUGUUUAGAGUUUUAAUACAGUAAUGUUAUAUCCAUUUUUAAACUCGUUUAAAUUGAUAAAACACUUGUUUUACACCCGUUCACAAGGGAUGAAGCGUUCAAACACACACAAGAAGGUAGACAUGUUUGAGGUUCAAUGCACGUGAAAAAAAAGUAGAAAAAAAAAUUAAACCUAGAAAAAUGUUGGAAAUCUAAACACUUUUUUUCUCGAAAGUAUGGCUACAAUUGCAUCAGUGGUUUUGAUAAUUAAGCUUGAUGCGUUUCCGUGUAUGCCUACUUCGGGUAAGCAGCGCUAUGACAUGAAAACUUGUAAUGUCAAGCAAGCAAAAAAAAAAAAUAAAAUAAAAAAAUAGGCC